GCCACUAGAAAAUCUAUUCCCCGCUCGACUAGCUUCCGGUUACGCAAGCAACCGGAAAUGACGCAUCACGAGGGAACAUGAUCCAGCUUGUUUCAGCCUGAACGCUUGGCAGCCAUAUUUGUUUUGCUUGUUUGCACGCUUGGCCGAAAGUUUGUACAAUCGUAGAGGUAUAGAAAGGACAGGAGAACGUUUGGUAAACGCAGUUAUCUGGGGGUGUGUUUGUCAACAUGCCUAACCAGUGUGUGGCAGCGAACUGCACGAACAAGAGGGCGGAUGGCUUUAGCCUUUUCCAGAUGCCAUCGGACGAAAAUCUGCGGGCGAAGUGGAUUCAGCAAAUUCGCCGUACAAGAUCUGGCCCGAACGGAAAGCUGUGGAACCCAACCAAGAACUCGUUUUUGUGCUGUGCACACUUCACAGAGGACUGCUUCAACCCUGUCUCAAAGUUGAAGCAACAGUUCGGGAUUGAGAUGAAACAACACAAGAAGUUCUUGUUGCCCGGGGCUGUUCCAAGUAUAUUUCCCCGUGCCCGAGGCACAGAGUCAGAGGCGAGCACGGCACAGCCUAAAAAGCGCAGGAAAUCCGGUGCAGUUGAGAAAAGGCGCAGAAUUGAGAUACUUGGGGAAUGUAUGAAUCAGCACCAAGAGUCUUCUGCUGAUACAGAAGAGAGGGGAGAUGGUGCAGGCUCUCUUGAAGAAAGUGAUGGUGGCGUGCCUGUUGAUGUAAACCCAACAGAAUUGCAGAAUUCCUGUGACAGUGGGGUGCAGGUGUCCCUGAGGCCGCCACGCAAGCAUAAGGGCAUACAGUUCAAAGGAUCUGGACGGACUAAAGGUGUGCAGUGCAGACCCACAACUGUCACAGUGGCCACACAAACUAAUGAGGAUGCGGAGGAUAAGGAUGCGGAGGAUAAGGAUGAGGAGGAUAAGAUGUCUGUGAGUAGUGCGAGCUCAUGGGAGGACCAGGUAGCAGUGAUCGCCGAUGACCCUGACUACUACCCGUCCUCUGCCGAAGAGUCCGAUUCUGAGGACGAAGUUGCCCAGCCACCGCAGGAAGACCAGCCCCCGCAGGACGACCAGCCACCGCGACCAGACCGCCGCGUUUUCUUGUGUGUUCUGGGUCUGCCUAGUCCAGCUGAUCACAACAUGGGGCAGCUGCCCUUCAUGUUCAUCACGGGACCUUCAAGUCGAGCACAAAGUGGUGGGAACUCUGUUACGAAUCACACUCAAGUGCAAUCAGGACGGGUGCGGUCACCAUGGAAAAUGGGACAGCCAGCCAUUCUUUGGAAGAACUGCAGCCGGCAACAUUUUGUUGUCGGCUGCAAUUUUGUUCAGCGGUGCGACUGCAACCAAAGUCAUCCGUGUUCUCAGUCACAUGGGCGUAGCCGUAAUCUCUGUCAGGUCUUUCAUUCGGCACCAGAGUCAAGUGCUGUUCAAGGUAGUGCAGCAACUGUGGGCUGAGCAGCAACUCACCAUGUUAAACGUCCUGAGUGCAGAGGGAGAACCCAUUGUUUGCGGUGGCGAUGGCAGGGCUGACACUCCAGGGCACUGUGCAAAAUACGGC